AUGUCAGGUAUCCUUGAAUUCAUGAGUGUGGCAGUGGGACUGGUCAGUAUUAGAGGUGUGGACAGUGGCCUUUACCUCGGAAUGAAUGAAAAGGGAGAACUCUAUGGAUCUGAGAAACUAAGUCCUGAAUGCAUCUUCAGGGAACAGUUUGAAGAAAAUUGGUAUAAUACUUACUCCUCCAAUGUGUACAAGCAUGGAGACUCGGGUCGGCGAUACUUUGUAGCACUUAACAAAGAUGGUACUCCCAGAGAUGGGGCACGAUCCAAAAGACACCAGAAAUUCACACACUUUCUACCGAGGCCAGUGGAUCCAGAGAGAGUUCCAGAGCUCUAUAAAGAUGUAUUAGGAUACAGUUAAAUGGGAUAUGUAUUCAAAAGGAAACAAAACCAAAACCUGUUCUGUCUUACCACAGCUUCCAUGGUAACACAGUCAUGAAGAACAUUCAAGGCUCUAGGAGACUGGAUUUGAAGAAGCUGUCUUAGUGGUAGCCAAGCCUCCAUUUUUUAAUAAUUGGAUGUAGGAGACAAAGCCUUAAUGUUUAGGAUGGAACAAGCCUCUUCUAAGUUUGCUGACACUUGUGCUGGCCAGUAGGCAGUGGAAAGUUUGAAUCCCAUUUAUUUUAAAAUACCAAACUAGUGCCUAGCUUCUCUGGAUUACUUAUUAUCCAUAAACUAAAGCAAAAUUGACUACCUAAAUCAUAUGGAGUUGGACAAUAGACAAGAAGUUGGAAGAAACAGUAAGGAAUAAACUGUAAAAUAGUGAUAAAUCCUGAGAACUGUACAUGAAGGUGAAGUGCUCUACUGCUAGUGAUGGAACUCGGAAGUCAGUGCAUCUCAGUCAGAGCUGGAACUUUUCUUCAGGAUGGACCUAUUUAUACAUCUUCAGAUUGCAUAUAUUUAUUUUAUAUAUUUAUUUAUUAAAGAGUUUAUUUUUUACUGGGAUAUGAAGAGAAUACAAGCCUCAAUGCGAUCAAAAAUCAUUUACAGUGCCAAUAUUUACUUUGAGGUAGUGUCAUGGUACAAAAAUGAUAUUACAUCAUAAUGCGUUCAAAAACAAAAUAUCUUAUUUCAUUGUUUAUAGAUUAGGUUAUAUUUUUAUGCACAUGCAGUUGCCUCAAAUCUUCAUAGGCUGGAAAGAAUGUUGGUUGCUUUUCACCUAUGAGAAUGCCUUACACAGACUUGUACUGACUUCAAAUGCACAUUUACAAGAGAAUUAAAACAUUUCACUUUA